GAUAGAGUUUGGUACAUUACUAAAAUGAAUCUCGAACUCGGACCAACUUUUGCUCCUCGUUGAUUUACAGCCCCCGUGGAUACUAAACCGACCGGGCUUCCAGACCAAGAACGCGGCCACGGCGGGUUUCCUCUGCACCCAAUCAGACUGUAAACCUACUGGGAUAAAUACUCUGAGAAAUCGGUUAAACCUACAAACCCUCCAAUAUCGUCUCAUAUAAACACAUCUCAUGUCGAUACCAUCCGAGGCAACCCUUGAAGAAGAAGAAGAAGAAGAAGAGCCACAACAAGAAAGAAACCCGGAACCAUCUCAUCAUCCCACCGCCCCUUCUGAUGAGUUAUUUGACAUCUCUACGACAGUUGAUCCUGGUUAUAUCAUAUCGUUAAUACGGCAACUUCUUCCCCCAGACGUCAGGAAUUGUAAUAAAUCUCAUGGAGUCAAUGCUUGUGAUCCCUCUACUCAAGGAUCAGAAGCUGAGGGAAGGGAAGAAAGUGCAGUCUUGGUAUCCCAGAAUGGACUUCUGAAUUACCAUAACAUUGAAAUUGAGGCGAUGGAUACCGUUGAAUUUACUGGUCAGGAUGAGGGAGACGAUGGAUCCCUUGAAAAACAAGGUGAAACAGCAGGGAAAGAUACUUGGGAAGACUGUGGAUGCAUUUUGUGGGAUCUUGCAGCUAGUAAAACACAUGCUGAAUUCAUGGUGCAAAACCUUGCUCUUGAUGUGCUCUUGGCAAAUCUAAUGGUUCCUCAAUCUGUUCGUGUUACAGAAAUUACGUUAGGAAUAAUAGGAAAUCUUGCUUGCCAUGAAGUGUCUCGCAAGCACAUAGCAUCUACCAAUGGACUGAUUGAAGUAAUUGUUGAUCAGCUGUUUUUAGAUGACGCCUCUUGCCUGUGUGAAGCUUACCGGGUAUUAACUUUGGGUCUUCAAGGUUGUGGAUACAAUGCUUGGGCUGAGGCAUUGGGACCUGAAAAUAUUCUAUCCCGUGUUUUAUGGGUUGCAGAAAACACCUUAAAUCCACAGCUUAUAGAAAAGAGUGUGGGGCUACUGUUAGCCAUCUUACAAAGUGAGCAGGAAGUAGUUGCUUCUCUUCUUCCAAGGUUGAUGCAGUUGGGUCUUCCAGUUCUUGUAGUUAAUCUCUUGACGAGUGAGAUGAGCAAAUUAGCAGGAGAAAGAGUGCCUGAAAGGUACUCCAUUCUUGAUUUAAUUCUUCAGACAAUUGAAGCUCUUUCUGUCAUUGAUGAUUAUUCUCAAGAAGUCAGUUCUAACGCGGAACUUUUUCAACUACUCAUUGAUCUGGUUAAAUUUCCUGACAAAAUUGAGGUUGCCAACUCUUGUGUGACUGCUGCUAUUUUGAUUGCAAAUAUACUGACUGAUGUAGGUGAUCCAGCGUUAGAGAUAUCCCAGGACUUGUCUUUUUUACAGGGUCUAUUUGAUAUCUUUCCUUUUGCUUCGGAUGAUAUAGAAGCAAGAAGUGCAAUUUGGAGCGUCAUUGCAAGACUACUGGUUCAAGUUCAAGUAACUCUGAUGAGUUCAUCAUCACUCCACCAAUAUGUUUCAGUUUUCUUAAGCAAAGCAGAGGUGAUUGAAGACGAGCUCCUUGACCCAUUAGACAGCUGCAAGGAUGCUGCAAAAUUAAGUGCUAGAAAUACAGCUCUGAGAACGAUUAUCAGUAUUUUAGGCCAAUGGACUGGCUCAAAGGAAUCUAUUGAGAGCAAUUCAAUGGGGAAUAAUCGUGUUAUUGAUGAGACCAUUGCAAGAUUGUUGGAACACUGUCACAAAAACACUAAAUCUAAUGCAGGAUCAUGAAUCAAGGACUUGUCAUCCUCUGAAUAUCUCCCUGCCAUCUCACUAGCAUCAUUAUAUACUAUUUUCGUGGAUCUCUUGCCAUGUAGUUUGUUCAAGCUACUGAAGAAACCAUUUCCAGGGCUGUAUUGUGAGAGACCACCCUUGUCUUCCUUUUUUUUCACUUUCAAAAGGCAUAGACCCAGAAGAGUUGAAGCAACAGUAUCGGUUACAGGUAUGAGCAUUCAAUCAUUAAGAAUACGAUCUGAAUGCAAAGGACGGACUUCUGGGACAGUAGGAGUCAGAUGGGGUUUGGUGUGUUGGGUUUAGCCUCCUCAGAUGCAUUCUUUGGUGAAAAGAAUUGACUCAAACAAUCAAAGGCACAAUCAGAGGCAGAACUUGUACAAUCAGUUUUUUUUUUUUUUUAAUCAGCAUACAAUCAGGUUGAAUGCAGCCAUUCUUACAAGAAGCUGUUGUCGUUGAGUCUUUGUUUAUGUAACUCGUCAUGCCUCUUUCCUGGUGUGGUAGACUGUAGAUAUCAAGUCGAAUGUGAGAUAAUAUGAUGUCUUUGCUACAAUUUGUGAGGUGAUUUCCUUGCCUGUAGUUUAGUUGCUACUGCUUUAGUUGCAAGACUUUUGAUGUUUCUUGUC